AUGACAUUGAAUAUUGGCAGCCCAACCCCCCGAAGGUGCUCAAAUCCUGGAGAUGUUCCGUUGGAAGUACGGUCUCAGAUCCAGCAUUAUGCUACCACAGAGCAAUUGUCGCAUCCGCUAGUCUCGCUGCACAAUGGCUUCCGCGGUUUGCUUGACGAUAAUAUUCACGAGCUUUUCUGGCUCGGUGUCGAUAACUGGAGUUCCUGCGGCGGUUCUGAGCUCGGCACAAUCCGUACUCUUCCAGAUGUUGACCUGGGCGCUGUAGCUGCACGUUUCCAGGAGCAUAAUUUCCAUGCACUUCUGAUGAUCGGCGGAUUUGAGGCGUUCAAUGCACUGCUGAGCGCUGAUCCUUGA